AUGAGACGAAUCUCGCUUUUCGACAAGUACGAAAUGCUAAAACAACGAGAAAAUGCAACAAUCGCUUGUCGGCAUAAAGAAUUGAACGUCUACGUCGAGGAUGAGCUGCCUGGUUACUUGGUGGUAAUGACGGCGAACGUCUACGUCGAGGAUGAGCUGCCUGGUGAUGCGAUCUCUCGCUUUUCCUCGGCGCCAACACUUUCGUUGAUUGGUUGGUGUUUACUUUCGAUCAAAGGAUUUGGAAGAUUUCUGCCUGAAUGUGAAUCUUUUGGUUUACAAGAUUUUAGCUCAGUUAAGCUGUUCGAUGUGAUGGCCAAAUUGCAUUCAGCAGGCACCUCCGGGAAGACGGAAAUCGUCGAGAAGACGACGGAUAUCCAAAAAAAGCUGAAGGCAGCAAUCGCUCGUCGGCUUAAAGAAUUGGACGUCUACGUGGAAGAUGAGCUGCCUGAUUACGUGAUGGUGAUGGUGGGAAAGAGAAGGCGAUGCGCUCCGAUCUCUCGCCUUUCUUUAUCGCCAACACGGACACUUUUGUUGAUUGUCUGUUCGAUG